CGGCGCCCAGGCUCUGAGAACAGCCAGGCGCAGGCGCAGGCCCGGGAGCGGGGCCAGCCGCUGGGUCCUCGGGUCGCGGGGAGCCCUCGGCAGGAAUGCUGGCACUAUGGUCAACUUUUUUUUUAAUGGUGCUGCUCUUAUAUAUAUACGCCACCAUCAGAGGUUGAAUUGUCCCUAUCAUUUGUUAGCUGUUUUAUAAAGUUAGAUAAUUAAAACAAACACUAUGUGUGAUGAAGUUUUUAGCACAACUUUGGCAUAUACAAAGAGUCCAAAAAUCACCAAAAGAACCACUUUCCAGGAUGAGCUAAUAAAAGCAAUUACAGCUCGCUCAGCCAGACAAAGAAGUUCUGAAUACUCAGACGACUUUGACAGUGAUGAAAUUGUUUCCUUAGGUGAUUUUUCUGAUACCUCAGUAGAUGAAAAUUCAGUUAAGAAAAAAAUGAAUGAUUUUCAUAUAUCAGAUGAUGAAGAAAAGAAUUCUCCAAAACUAUCUUUUUUGAAAACCAAGAAAUCAAACAGUGAUGUGAGGAAAAAUGAGCUGGUAGCCUCUAUCAAAAACGAUGAGGUGGCACCCGGUGGUGCUGAAGACAUGGUUGUAAAUCCCUUAUCUGAAUCUCAAAAUAAACAACAGGACGCUGAAAAAGAGAAAAUUAAAAUGGAGACGAAACCCAGAAUUCUCUCCAUCAAAAGCUCAUCUUCAGAAAAUAACAGCACCCUUGAAGCAGACAACCACUUUAAGCCUUCACCUCGGCCAAGGAGCAUGUUGAAAAAGCACAGCCACAGGGAGGAGAAAGAUGGGCUAGGAGGAGAUAAAGAAACUGCCCUCCAUGAAGAAUUAGAGGCACAUUCUGUACCUUCAGUCCUCCCAAGGCUGAAUGGCAGACAACCAGAUGCUGAGAAUGCGUUCUCUGAAAACCUUGCUCCUAAGGAUCCAUGGUUAACAAGUCUAUCAUCAUCACCCCUUAAAGAAAGUCUUGGAGAUUCCUUUUCACCAGCAUCUGGGGAAAAAGCCUCCAUUACAGAUCAGAAUGAAGAAUGCACUGAAAACCGUACUUCCUUGAAAUCAAUUGAAAAUGAAGAGAACUCAUUUUUGAAAGACUUUGUUGCUGCUGCACUUGAGGAAGCCAAGAAAAGUCAAGUGUCUACUGGUGACCUUGAAGAAGAAAAGGAGAAAGCUGAACUGAUUAUGAAUGAUGAUUUACCAGUUGAUGAUCCACCAGUAUUGCAACUUCAGACUGUCUUAUGCACUGAGUCUGUAAAGAAAACAAUUCAAGAUAGAAAUAUGAAGAAUAAAAAGUCAACAAAUAAUAGAGCAUCCAGUGCAUCUGGCAGAUUAAUGACCUCUGAGUUCUUAAAGAAAACUGGGUCUCUAAGAACUCCAUCGACAGUUCCCACUUCUCACUAUUUAGGGACUUUGAGAGUCUUGGACGAAAAGCCCUCACAGAAACAGAACACAGAACCUGACCGAGCAGAUAACAUAAGGGCAGCUGUUUAUCAGGAGUGGUUAGAAAAGAAGAAUGUUUAUUUACAUGAAAUGCACAGAAUUAAAAGAAUUGAAAGUGAAAACUUAAGGAUUCAAAAUGAACAGAAAAGAGCUGCUAAGAGAGAAGAAGCCUUAGCAUCAUUUGAGGCCUGGAAAGCCAUGAAAGAAAAGGAAGCAAAGAAGAUAGCUGCAAAAAAAAGACUUGAGGAAAAAAACAAGAAGAAAACUGAAGAAGAAAAUGCUGUGAGAAAAGGAGAAGCACUACAAGCUUUUGAAAAAUGGAAAGAGAAAAAGAUGGAAUAUCUUAAAGACAAAAAUAAAAAAGAGAAAGAACAUGAAAGAGCAAAGAAACAGAAAGAGGAGGAAACUGCUGCCGAGAAGAGGAAAGAUAACUUAACUGCUAUUGAAAAAUGGAAUGAAAAAAAAGAAGCUUUUUUCAAGGAAAAGGAAAAAGAGAAAAUAAAUAAGAAAAGAAAAGAAGAGCUGAAAAAAGCUGAGAAAAAAGAUAAAGAGAAACAAGCUCUUGAUGAAUAUGAGAAAUGGCUGGACAAAAAAGAAAGGAAGGAAAGAAUUGAACGAAAACAAAAGAAAUAUCAUCCCUUUCUUGAAAAUGAGGCACUUCCUCCAUGGAGCCCUCCAAGCAGAACUGUGUUCUCGAAAGUGUUUUGAUAAUUCUUAUUCUUGCAUUAUUUAGUUACUUAUCAAUUCACCAACUUUAGCCAAACUAAAUUUAAAACUAUUCAUUCAAUUAUUUAUAGUUAGAAGAGUCUAUUUUAAUUAAAUGCUGGUCACUUCUGCUGACAAUGAAAAAGAUGCUUCCGCGUUUAAUCAGUGAAAGCAUUGAAAGCAUUUUUUGAACUGUAAACUGCCUCAAAUGAAGAGCUAAUAAUCAGAUUGCUUUUACCACUGAAGUACAUAACCCUUUAUCAUGUCUUGAUAAUUCUUAUAGUCUGGUAAUCCAUGAUCACUUUCCCUAACCAGUGCAUGUUAUUUAAGUAUAUUUAUUCCUCAAUAUAAAAAGAAAACCAUCCAGGUACGAUAAUCAUAGAAAUAAUUGAAUCUGUGAAUGAUUGCAAAUGUGGAUUCAGGUUUUAAAAUGAAUGGUCACUGGGGAGUAUGCAUAUGUUAUUUCUUCUAAAACUAAUCUUUAGCUCAAAGUAGUUUCAUCUGCACUGUGCAAGUUAGAAUUUUGGCCAAUUGAGGCAGUAGUUCAGUAGAAUCAUCUAAUCCUCAAGGCAUUUUAUUCAAUAAUGUUGUCAUAUGUUUUAAUAUGAGCAUAGUUUAUCUGUUCCUGCUUAAGUGACAAUCAUAGGCACUUUAUAAUGAGCAGACCUUUGAAAUGUGUCUUCCUAAAUUCUCUCUCGCUUUAUUAUUUAAUUGGUAUCAAAAAAAUAUCCAUUUCAUGGUAGUUUUAUACAUUAGUUAUGGAGGUUCCCCAAGAGUCCAAGGUCAUUAGCGCUAUUAUGAUUUUCCAGACUAGAGCUAUAAAGAUGACAAAGGCAAUUUUUGUCUCUUAGCUAAUCCACCGUCAUGUAGUUUAUAUUUAGAAGACAGCUGAAUGGGAAGGAAAUUUGUAGAAAAUUUCCAAAGAAUCUAUUUAUUUGAUCUCUGCAUAUCCUCAUUCAUUGGACUCAUACUUGAACUGGUCCACUAGUUUCUCACAGACCAAAUGUAUGCUCUCAGAGUUGAAAUGCUGCUUUAGCCAAUGAUGCAAUGCAAUGAUAGAUAAGAAUAAAGUUACUGUUUAUUAAGCACCUAUUGUAUCCUCUCUACCAGAUCUUUACAAGUAUUAUUUUUCAUCUUUACAACAGCUAUUCAGAGUAGGUGUUACUGGCAUCAUUUUGCAAAUAAAAAUUCUGAGACUCAGAGAAAUCAAAGAACUCUCCACACAUUUAGCAUGUGACUGAGCUGGGGUUAGAGCUGAUGAAGUCGCACUGCCUCUAGAAUUCAGAUGCUCGCGUUCAUGCUUUCCUGUGGCCUCAGAGAACUGUAAAUGCUGUCAGGACCUCUGUAUGAUAUCAACCUUACAGACACAUUUUACUUCUCAGAUCCUAAAAUCAUGUACUGUUAUCCAGAGAUUAUCUUUCCCUUAAGAAGUAGCUGUUUGUUAUUAGAGACAGUGAACCUCAUUAGAUCUUUAAAACGAAGAAAAGAAUUCACAGUAUUUAAGGAGUUAGUCAAAUGCCCGUCUGGUAUUAGAAUCUCAGAACACCCAGUGGGUUGUGGAACUUAGGCUUUGAGACAGUUACUCAAGGAGGUUUCACUCUGAGGAUUAGCCUUCUUGCUGCAUGGAUGUGCAAGAUAAGAAAGAUGUCGUGGAUCACUUUGUAAGAUCACAUCCGUGCUACAGAUAAAUUUUAAAGUUUGCGAAAUAAAACUGGAAGCCUUUUAUACCGCUGGAACUAGGAGGAUAUGUCAUGAAAUGGAAAUAAUUACCAGCAAUGUGUAUUAUCAGCAUGGAACUUAGGGCCUCUCUUAAUUCAGGUGUCCCCCACAGUACCAAACGAAAUAGAUUAAGUAUGUAUUGUAUUGAAUUAGCUAUUCAGAGCUUGAAAGCUACUUGCAAAUUCCAGGGAAGUACAAGAAAAAAUAGAAAAAUGUACAGCUACUUUUAUGCAUGUGAGAUCGUAAGUGUGUGUGUCAUAGAUUUCACAUUAAAUAUUUACUUGAGUCAUCAUUUUCUUCUCAUUUAUCAUUCUUAAUGGAUUAACUGUUAUCACCUCUUAGUUGUGAGAAUUGAUGUUAGUUAACAUAAAGAAUAUGGUAUAUGAGAAAAGGCUUAAUACGUCUUCAUUGUUUUCAUUUACUUCCUACCUUGAGCCGUUUGUUUCCCCACCUCAUGUUUGUGAGAAUGUUCACAUGCACGGGGCUGAUGCAUAAGUUAACAUUGCACCCAACAAGUCAUCACCCUCAAAUGGAAAUUUCAUCUUACUGUGCUAAAUAAUAUAUUAUUCCUGUUUACAGCAAGCUGUGCUGAUUGAAUUGUUUAGUUAAAUGAAAUCGCCUCUCCUCCCAUAGCAGAAAUAAAGCUGAGUUCUGGGAGCUGGGUGAAAAAGACAGUACUCUACUUUCUGAGGUCCAAAGGGGAGAAUCAAGGAUAAUCUUCUCCUCAAUGUAUUUAUCUAUGUAAGGGGUAUGAGUUCCCCGUAUUUCCUUAGAAAUUAUCAGAUAUCAAUAUCAUUAACUUUCAUUAACUUUUUGUUUUAAUAUGAGGGAAUGUUAAUUCAAAUUAAAGACACUGAAAGCCUGUAGAUUUUCAGAUUAAACGUCUAGUUUUGUAAACCAUAUUGAGCACCUGAAGAAUGCCAGCCCUUCACAGUAAAUAGGAAUUUUAAUGGAUAUUUUAAAACAUUACUGAAAACAAUUUCCCUAGAAAUUUAGACAAUAGUACUAAAAAAUAAAAUUUUACUCAAAACUGAAGUUUCAUAAUAGCCAAGAAAAGUAGCAUUACAUAAAGAAAAAAACAAUAUGGCAUUUUAGAUCAGGAGGAGGUUAAAAUUUUCUUACAGUAAGUAAAUAAGAACCAUUCAGGGAUAACAACAUUCCAGUGGUCUGUAUUGUACCACAUUUUGAAAAUGUUAGUAGUUCAUUCAUUGUUUUAAGUUGUAUUGAAACUGAUAGUUUUCACUGUUGCCAAAGCAGGACCUGAUAGCAAUUAUGUGUCCAAAGGUGUACGUACCUUAGAGUGAUAUAACUAUGCAUCUGAAGGGGAUUUUAAUAAUUUAAUAAACCUGGCCCAGACUCUUAUUUCUAAGUUGAAGAAACUGAUUUCCAAAACCUCUGACUUGCCCAAGCUCACACAAAUGGCCAUAGAAAAUCUAGAGUCACAACUCAGGUAUCAGGUGUCCCAGCUGUAGACUGUCCGCCAUCAUACAAUUUUGAUAAAAGUUUCACAGUAACUCUUGUAACUGUUGUCAUUAUUAAUGUCAUUGAUUUUUAUCCUCUCAGAUGUGCCCUUGCUCUCCAUGGCCUUCUCCAUAACUAUCCACCAGAUCAGAGCUGUUUUUGCACCUACACUCACACUGAAAAUGUGGGGAAAUACUGAUGUUUUUUAAAUCCUGAAUCAUGGGCUGAGAUACAGUAGAGAAAAAUACUUUUACAAAACUAGGAGAAAUUGAUGUUUGUCAAAGUAGUUCCCAAGAAUAAACUAAUACAGAAAACAUAUUUUCCUGACUUAAUUUUGACUCUGUUUUCAAUAGUGCUCUGUUAAAAAGUAUUUAAACCCACAUGCCUCCAUUCUCCACAAAUCAAGGAUACUAUCAAUUAGCAUCCUGCUUCCUGGGUACAGUGGCUGACGGAAAUAAUGAAUGCUAUGUGACAUUUAACUGAAGACUUCUCUGAAUUCUUUUUACUUUAAAAUUUCAUGUGAUUUGGUUACUUUGAAAUAUACUUGUUAUAUGUAGUUGUAUAAUGUUAACUUGGGUGAACUAAAUUCUUGGUAUUGAAUUUAGGAUUCUGUAAGAAUUAUUUUAGGAGAUAUGUUUAAUGUCUGCUUUUUAGUAGCAUAUUUUCAUCCAAUGCUUAAAGUGAACCAUUGAAGAUUUAUUUUAUUGGGUGAUAUUAUUUAUUGAUUGUGCCCAAAUUUCAUUUUAUAAUGCUAGAAAAUAUGGUAUGAGUUUUAUUAGUGAGCUAAACAUGAAAUAAUCAUAUUUCAUUGAUGUCUUUUAUUAAAAAUCACUGAAAAUUUGGAUGUAAACCUUUUUUUUACUUAAAACACUGCACAAAUUACAAAGGUAAUGUAAGUAUAGAAUUAUUAAAUAACUAGAAAAUGCAAAGAGCAAAAAUUACCCACACUCCCAUCUCCCAAAAACAAUCAUGGUUAACAUAUUGUAUUUUCUUCCAGCUUUUAUUUUCUAGUGCAUUUUCCCCUGUACAUGAAAUUAAGCUGAGAGUGAAUAAUGUAGAGGUACAGUUCCCUCUCUUUUUCCCUCUUUCUCUCUGUGUCUCUCUAUCACUCUACUAUGCUGCUAUAUCUGUAUAUAUAUGUGUGUGUAGGUGUUUAUGUAUAUUAUAUAAAAUACAGCACCUGCAGAUACAUGCAUAUAUUCAAACAUAGAUAUUUUUAUUCUUUAAAAAUGAGAUCAAAUUACAUAUUUGAUAACCAGAUUUUUUCCCCUCAGUGGUGUACAGUGAACAUAUUUCCAUGUUAUUACACCUUUCAAAUAAUCGUUGAUGCCACUAUAAUUUAUUUAACCUAUUUUUGAGCAGUUUCCUUAAGAAUGUUGACUAUAAUAAGUAAUAAUACAGUCAGCAUUCUUGUAGUCAAUGCCCUUGUUAUUAGAGAUGGUAGACCUCAUUAAAUCUAUGAAAUGGAAAAGUAAGUUGUUAGUCAAACUCCUGUAUCUAAUAUUAAAAUGUCAGAGCAUCCAGCAGGUUAUGGAACAGUCACUCAGGAGGUUUCACACUCUGAUUAGCCUUCUUGCUGCAGUGCACAUUCAAGAUGAGAAAAGUGUCAUGCAUCUUUGUAAGAUCACAUCAGUGCUACAGACAAAUUUCAUAAGUAAAGCUAGGAACAGGUUCAUACUUCCAGAACUAUAAGACAUGGAAGGGGAGUUAUUUAAUGGGUAUAGAAUUUCAGUUUUGCAAGAUACAAGGAGUUCUGGAGAUUGUUUGCACAACCAUGUGAAUAUGCUUAAAAUUAUGGAACUGUACACUUAAA